CUUUGCAACAGAGAACCGGUCUCGUGUUGUUGAUUUCUCUCUUUUUUCGCAGGGCUUCUUUUGGGCUGCCACUGACGAUAUCUGCCCUCUCUCCGGUCCAGCCUGUGUGUCCUCAUUCCACCUUUGAUUACAAGAGCAGGAGCUACUUUCGUGCACCAGUUUAUCAUUCAAGCAUCUCCUCGUCAUUUUAGACUCUCUAGCGCUACUGAACUGCAUUUCUGUUCUGACUCUGACGAAGAGAACUCUGGUUCUCGAAAACGUAUGCUACGGUAAAGUUGGUUAGUUUUAAUGGUGCUACUGGAUUCUUUACUAUUUUGCUACUACAGACUAACACGGCUACUGCCUCUGGAUCUAUGUUCUGACUCUGCCACUUGAAUUGCUUUAUUAGCAGAUUCGCUCGUGGAUGCCGGAAGUGUCAAAGCAUCUGGAAAUCUUGGUCUAUAAGACCCCAACUGCUUAAAAGCGCAUAUUGUGACCCUACUCGGUUGACAGCAUGGCAACCCAAGUGCUGUCUUCAUCCUUCGAUGCUAUGGAGCAGAGUUCCAAAAGCAGGUCCCCGGUGAACCUUAGUUCCCAAAAGAUGACUGUCAAAACACCAUUAAAGAUCCUGGAUCCUGGUCGAGCAAAAUUGACAACCGUAGAGACCAAGAGGAUCAUAUCCGUCUUGGAUGAUACCAUCCUGAAAGUAGAGUUGGUCACUAUGUUCUUACAUGUUAUGGAGAACCUUGAAGAUUUCAGCACAGCAUUGGGACCAGAACUUUCGGAGGCGUUUAAGGAACAUCUGCAGCUUUCCAACGCUAUGAAAGCCACACUCGCUCAAGUCGAGGAAGAAGGGCUUCUGCUCAAGGGCAUCGCGAAAGGGGAACUCUUUGCCGCAGCGGAUCAAAGCGGCCAACUUCAACCGCACAUCAAAGGCUUAAAAAGCUCAGUCCGAAAUAUUGUGCGCUUAUUCUAUAUGAACCCCAUAGCUUGUCGGGCAGUGAGAGAUGCCGCUUUUGCCAGGAGUCCAACUGCUGACGUCUUGCUUAGAGGCCUGGAAGGGCUCAGGAGAUUUCUGUUCGAGAUGCUUCUUAUCACGCCAUUGGAAGAAAAAGAAAAAAUGAGGUUUAUGCAAGAAAUCGCUCUUCGAGAUAAGAAAAACAUGGAGGCAAUUGCGGCUUUGGAGGCUGAACUGGCAUCAGCAAUUCACAACCGGAAUGAGGAGAUUUCCAAGCAGAAUGCCUGCAUCAAGGAUCUGAAAACCCACUUGCACAACCUAUCCAAGAUCUCUGAAAACCAAAUCCAGCGUACCAGAACUGAAGCGGAGAAGCAACAGAAGGGGGAAUUGCGUGGCUCUCAGGCCAAGUGUGCCAAGACGCUGCAGGAGAUACAACAGUUACGGGCCCAGCUUAAUGCCCUUGUUGCGGAAAACCGAGAGUCGGAGUUCGCUCUCCGCAAGAAGAAAUACAAAGUGGAGAUCGAAAUAGAGAACUGGGUCCAGAAGUAUGACAUGGAGAUGAUAGAAAAACAGGCCGAGUUAGAGGAGAUUAAUGUGGUCUACACGGUGGAGAAGGCCCAGCUGGAAGAGCUGAGAGAGAAGUUUGACGUACUUGAUGAAGAGUUCUGCCAGAUCCAAGAAGAAAGACAGCAGAAACAGGAGCAGAGGGAGAAAGCUGAGAAAGAGCUGGCGAUUCUGGUCCGAGCCGCCACACUCAUCCAGGCCUUGUGGAAGGGCUACCUGGUGAGGUCACUGCUGAGAAGCAAGAGGAGGAAGAAAGGCAAAGGGAAGAAGGCCAAGAAAUAAACGCUGGCCCUCUCUUGCCUCUCCGAAACAGGCAGCUGUGCCAGCCCUAGAUAAGCUUGAAUUAUAGAUUUUAAACAGUAGAUAUGAGGUUGUUCCUUAAUAAAUGUUACCAUGCAGACUU